AUGCCACUUAAAACUUAUUUAAUAAAUAAAACAAAUAAUAGAAGAUUUCGACUUGAUGGACUAUUACGAUCAAGUCGUUUACCAGAAAAAAAACUAUUAUGUCAAAAAUUUCGUCAACAAAUGGUGUUAAAAGCUAAUGAACUUCCACCAAAAGUUGAUCUUCGAUCAGAUAUGACUCCUGUUGAAGAUCAAUCAAAACUUGGAAGUUGUGCGGCUAACUGUCUUGCUGGAGCUUAUGAAUAUUUAACAAAAAAAUCAAAUGGUCUUAGUACAGAUGUUAGUCGUUUGUUUAUUUAUUAUAAUGCACGAGUUAAAGGUAACGAUUCGGAAUCAAUCGAAGAUACUGGUUGUUCAAUGACAGAUGCUAUUGAAGCAUUAGAAGAAUUUGGUACAUGUCUCGAAUCAAUUUGGCCAUAUGAUAUAUCACAUGUGAAUACACGUCCUAAUGAGCAAGCUUAUGAGCAAGCAAAAACCCUUAACAUAAAUGAAGCACUUCGAGUUGAUAUUGAUUUAAAUGAAAUGAAAUCUUGUCUUGCACAAGGUUUUCCCUUUGUAUUUGGCAUAGAAUUGUUUAGUUCAUUUGAUAAAGCAACACAAACAGGUGUUGUACCAAUGCCUAAUCCAUGGAAUAGUAGCCAAAAAUUACAUGGGAGUCACGCAAUGUUAGCUGUUGGUUACACUGAUCAAUCAGAAGCAUUUAUUGUUCGAAAUUCAUGGGGAGAAGAUUGGGGUGAUCAAGGAUAUUGUUAUAUUCCAUAUGAUUAUAUGACUAAUCGAGAUUUCUGUUUUGAUGCAUGGACAAUUCGAAAAUUGAUGAAUAAUGAUUUUAGUAAAGAACAUUGGUUUUUUGAUGAUGGUAUUAAUUACCUUGAUAGCAAUACGAAUCGUUAUUUCAAUGAUAUUGAUGAUGAUGAUGAUCAUAUAAUUGAAAAAUUGGAUGAAAAUAAUGAUGAUAAUAAUGAUACAUGCUACAAUAUUAAUCACGAUAUUUGGUGUUAUGAUAACAAUUCUCGACGUACAAGUUAUAAUAACAAUACUCGCCGUGAAAGUUAUAAUAACAAUUCUAGACGUGAAAGUUAUAAUAAGAAUCCUAGACGUGAAAGUCAUGAUUGUUUGGAUCCAUAUCGAAAUGUUGAAAGAAAUUAUUCAAUAAAUGAUGUUAAUUAUAAUGAUGAGAAAAAUCAAGAUAAUGAGAAUAGUUAUAUACAGGAUGAUUUUAAUUCUGUUAGAAAACAUUCAAAUUCAAAAACCAAUCAAUAUAACAAUGAAGAAAAUUAUUAUGGUGGUUUUUUGGAUUUUAAUUAA